AUGGCGAGCACUGGCGCCUUGACAAAAGAGGAUCUCUUCGACCUCUCGGGUAAAGUCGCCCUCAUCACCGGAGGCGGGUCGGGCCUCGGCCUCAUGAUGGCGCAAUCUCUGGCCGCCAACGGGGCCAAGGUCUACAUCUGCGGACGCACCAAAGACAAGAUCGAGACGGCUUCCCAGGUCCACAGCAAGGGCGCUGUGGGCGACAUCAUCCCCAUCCAGGCCGACGUCUCAUCCAAGGAGGAGAUCAGGGCGCUCUUUGACGAGAUCGGGUCCCGCGAGAAGUGCCUGUGCAUCCUCGUCAACAACGCCGGCGUGUGCGAAGCGACAUACCCCGUGGCCGAGGCCAAGUCGGCCGACGAGCUCAAGCGCUUCCUCUUCGACUCGGACAAGGGCACCUUUGACUCUUGGAUCGACGUCUACCGCACCAAUGUGGCAUCCGUCUACUUCACCACGGCCGCCAUGCUGCCGCUCUUGCAGGCGUCGACGGAGCAGCACCCCGGUUGGUCCGGCACCGUCAUCAACGUCGGCUCCGUCUCGGGCGUGGUCCAGUCCGCCGAGAAUCACUUUAGCUACAACGCGUCAAAAGCGGCCAUUCGCGUCAACAACAUCGCCCCCGGCGUCUUCCCCAGCGAAAUGACCACGGGCGAAAGCGACGACGUGAACAAGAGCCACAUCUCCAAGGAGUCGUUUGAAGGAAAAGUUCCGGCGGCCCGCCCCGGCAAGGAUGAAGACAUGGCUUCCACUGUCCUGUUCCUCGCCGCGAAUCAGUAUCUUAACGGCCAGACGGUGGUAGUGGAUGGAGGCAACAGCCUUGCGACUGGGAUGUAG